AUGGACGCCGUGUCUGACGCGGUGGCUUCACUCACUGUGCGCGAUCCUGCGCGCUCAGGCCGCGACUGGUAUAUCGUUGCCCACAGCAAGAAGGCACAGUUGUACCGAUUCUCACCGCGCGGCGAGGAUUCAACAGAGGAUUCUUGCACAUUGGUGUGGGAGGAAAAUGAUAUCACGCACUGCUACCCGAGCCACAGCGGCGCCGAGGUUUGCAUCGCCCGCGCCGGUUCGGCGUCUCUGGAAAUUGUGGAAACCCUUACUCGAUCGGUGAGAACCACCAUCCCGCUGCCCGCUGAUUGCACACUUUCGGGCGCGUUGUUCAGUCCUAAAGACAAUUAUCUCGUGGUGCACACCGCUUGGGCGGAGCACAAUCCCAACAACUUGGUGAUAUACCGCCUGGAAGGCUCGGAAGCCAGAUCUGUCUAUGCGAUUCCUUACACAAAAUCGUAUUGCGUCAAGCGGUACCCUAUCUGGACGCCGUGCGAAACGUACUGCGUGCUGCGUGUGGGCAACGACCUGCUGGUCUGGAAGAACGGCGACUUCAAUGCCGAGGGUUCCGCCGGCAAGAUCUCUCUGCCCGGUGGCGCCGAAGCGCCACAGGCCUUCCCCACCAACUCGAUCAUAUCCGUGUCUCCGGUGAGCAAGAGAGGCACGUGCUUCAUUGCACUCUUCCUGCCGAACCAGCAGAAGUUUGCCGACGGUUUGGUAAAAAUAUACUCGACCCUGGACCUGCAAGCCCCAGUGUUCGAGCAACUGUUUUCGUCCGCGGAGGAAGGCGAGUUCUUUUGGAACCGCAAUGGGACGGCUGCGAUACUACGCACGUUCACCAACCAUGUGAAAGGCCUGCAGUCUUACUACGGUGGCAACGGCCUCUUCCUGAUCCACCCCAUGAAGCCCCACUACAGGACCAUGAUGGAGCCCAGCAAGGGUCUCGCCCACGACGUCUCGUGGUCGCAGACGGCCAAUGACGUGAUCAUCGUGAAGGGCAACAUGCCCUCCGAGCUCGACAUGUACGACGGCAACAACGGACACAAGUCUUUGACGUUCGGCCGCAGCAACCGCAACACCAUUCGGCGGGACCCGUUCGACCGUCUGAUGUUGGUCGCCGGCUUCGGCAACUCUAGCGGCGACAUAGACAUAUGGGAUCUGAAAAACAGGUGCAAGAUUGCCCAGAGCAAGUCCAACUGCGCCGUUUUCUGCGAGUUCUCCCCCGACGGGCGCUACUUCGUCACUGCCACGACGGUGCCGCGCAUGAAGGUGGACAACUGCUUCAAGAUUUUCAGCUACGGUGGAAAGAUGGUUCACAAGGUCGACCUCGAUGGGCUCGCUAGCGUCAGAAUCUGCGCUCCCGGCGCCACGUUCACCGAGCGCGAGCCGUCGCCCGGUGCGUGUUCGCUGCAGCAGACCGUGACCAAGUCAUUGUACCGACCGCCCGGCUCGCGCGGCGACGGCUCUGCAGCCGUCCACAUGCGUGUGGACACGCAGACGCUGGUGGCCACCCCCGUCAGCCGCAAGGAUACCGCCGUCCUCAAGGGCCCCCCGGGGGCCGACAUGACGCUGCUGAACGCCGCCGCCAAGGUCAGCCGCAGGAAGAAAGCCCAGAAAGGAGCUGCAACGAAGUGA